UUUUUUUUUUUUUUUUUUUUUUUAGCAAGUUUUAAUUGUUGCAGUAAUUCAAUUGUUUUUUAAGAAUGAGAUGUAUCUUAAAAUAAUGUAAGGUUGACUUCUCGAUUUCAUUUCCAUGUUUGUACAAACCCAAUUUAAUUCACAAACACAGUGUAAUUAACCUGGUGCAAUGUCUUGAAAUCGUAUCUUUAACCAACUCAGAAGAGAGUCUUCCUCAAAUACUAAUAUGUGAUUGAAUUGUUUGUUAAUGUAAAGUUGUGGCUAUCUAUACACAAUUGCAACACAUGAUAUGACCCUGAUGCAAUCUGCAUUUCAUUACUAGCGUCCCUGCAAUGUCAGGAAAUGAUUUGAUCCUAUGGGAUAUGCAAUUUUCAAGUUUCUCUCGGAUAUUGUUGUUUUCAUACAAUGGUUUCUGGUGUUGGGAUCUGCCCUCGCAUCUAAAUGUAGAUGUGGUGCUGCAAAAGGACCUCUGGUAUCAAGACCGACCAAUAGAUUACGUAUUACUGUAUGUCAUUUUCCACAUCAUACAAGCAAGUGAGUAUAUUAAUAUCUUAAAAUAGGUUAAACUAAAACCUAAAGCAUUCUACCAUUACUUCCUUCUUUGAUAGUGUUUUGAACACAUUUCCGUCCCUAUCCACAAUAUGUACAUUUAUACAUCAUGAAUUCAAAGUUAUGAUGGAUUCCGAGAAGGAAUCAAGCACAUGUGCAAUUUGCUUUGACUCUUUCUUGCAUCCAAAGCUUCUUUCCUGCCGCCACACCUUUUGUAAGCCAUGUCUUGUCGAUUACACGAAAAAAGUGAAAGUGGACGAAAUUGUCUGCCCACUUUGCCGACAAAGGCAGUGCUUGGACGACAGAGGGUUAGAUGGACUAAUGGACAAUUACUUCGUGUGUUUGAGGCCACCAGAAGUAGCCGUUAUUCAGUGUUGUGAUAUUUGUUUUGAAGAGGCAGAGAUCAACCAAUGUCAUCACUGUACUCAAAAACUGUGUCAUUCCUGCAACUCAUCUCAUAAUCUUGCAUUAAAAAUGUCCGGCAAAAACACAGGAUUUCAUCUUGACUCCGAGGACUCUGAAGAAAGUGACUCUUCGGAUGAUAGUGCUCCUGUGGCAAGGCAUCAUCUUUUGCAUUCUUCAAAUAUAUCACCCCAAACCGAAUUAAUUGCAGAGUUUGUUUCUUCUUUUAAAGUGCCUUCUAGUUAUCAGGAUGAUCAUCUAAACGUUUCGUGCAUUUUUCCGAAAUCAAUAGACAAUUGUCUUGUCGUUUUGGGAGGAGGACCUGAAAUAAUUGAAUGCACACUCAAAGGAAGACCUUUCAUAAGAAGAGCAUAUUGUGAAAGGAUUAAUGGAAUAACUAAUACAUUAGACGACAGAAUACUGUUCUCAAAUGCUCAUGAAGGAAGUAUUUUUGAGAUGGUCGAUGAAUCCCGAGUAGAUGUUUUCGCAAAAUCUGAUGGAUAUUUGCCAACAUCACUCUCUACCUUUAAAGACGGAAGAAUAGUUGCCGCUGGUGUGCCCGAUCAAAGAAUGAGGUUUCUACACAAAGAUUCGGGAAAUCAUGGAGCUCUGCUGAUAUUUAACAUACACGGUAACUUAAUGAAAGAAAUUUCCAGAAACGACAAUGGUUUCUUAUUCGAUUUUAUUUUGCGUGUUUCAGUGAAUCCAAAAAACGACACGGUCGGUGUAGCUGAUGAAAAGAAACACCAAGUACUCAUUUUGACAGAGGAAGGCUAUGUUAUUAGAAGGUAUAAAGGUACAAAUACAAACUGUGUUGACAGGCACUUAGGAAUGAGGGCUGCUAUCGAUGAUUUUUUGCCAAUGGGUUUAUGCCAUGAUCAAGAUGGAAACUUGGUAAUAGCUAAUGUGAUUGAUGGCACACUCCAUAUUCUACUUCCCAAUGGUGAUAUGUGCGGAUUCAUAACUACAAAAACCACCAGAGGCUUUGAUCAUCCUACUAGUUUGUGCUUUGAUAGUCAAAAUAGACUCUGGGUUGGGAAUUUUGCACACGGAAAAGGUUGCUGUAAAUGUGCCUGCCACUUUCAAGGAACCCCAUUUGAUACGAUUGUCAUUCAUAUAAUUCCACAAAGGCAUUCUCAUCGUGUUAUACCUUGCCCCCAAGUCUAUAAUGAUACUAGUAGUGAGAUCAACAUUUCUAACACCCACAACAAGACUGCAAUUUAGUACAGAAUUCUGGCGGACACAAAUGUCAUCAUCACUUUGGUCCCUGUCCUCUGCUCACCGUGGGGACCCGGGUUAGAAUAGGUCCUCAGUACUCCUUGCUUGUCGUAAGAGGCGAUUAAAUGGGGCGGUCCUUCGGAUGAAACCACAAAAAACUGAGACCCCGUCUUACAGAAGGCGUGUCACGAUAAAGAUCCCUCCUUGCUCAAAGGCUGUAAGCGGCGAGCAUACGCCUAAAUUUUGCAGCCAUUCAUCGGCAAUAAUGGCUUCCCUAUAUGAGUGAAAACUAUUCGUUUUAACAAUACGCCGUUAAACAAUAUAUAGCCAACCAACCAACGAACCCACAAAUGAAACGUUUACCUCUUAUCUUUUCGCAGAAUGUUUACUGUCCUAUUCACAACAUUAAUGACUGCCUCUUGCGGUCGACAUUCGAUUGUGAUGGCUUGUCUUCCAGAGCUCUUGAAAUUUCUGGUGCUAAUGUGAUGUAUUUAUUCUUCCGCAGUAAUUUGCGGAGCAAGUUAUGACAAAUACAUUUGUCAAUGACCAGUCUCGGAUGUUACGGUAGCUGGUCUUAUAAUUUCAGAUUUGCGAUGACUUUCGAAUUUCGGAGAUGUGACAGGGAUUGCAUCAAAAUGGUAAAUAUGGCGUUAUGCAUUUGAACUCUAUGCUAUGGGAAAAGAUAUAGAGGAUGCAACCCAACUAAAGCGUUGCUUCGGUACCCGGCCGGUAUGGAUGGAUAUGCAAGAUACGUUUGUUACAUUGAAAUUCUGAAAGUCCUUGCAAAUCUUAAUUUGAAACAUCAAUUAUCGUUCCACUGUACCUAUGUUAUCUUCGUUGAUAUUUUACUGUAAAUGUAGCAUUCUCUAUCGGGUAACAUACGGAUUAAACCAUUACAUAAUCAGCCCAAAAUCGUUUUUAUGGAUCAAAAACUCUGGAUUUAUAUUUUUGAAAAAUUAAUCUGUACUUUGAAAAUAUUGUUUAAAUGGUUGGUUGGUUGUUUAUUUUAAGUACCGUCGACAAUUUUUCUGUCAUAUUAAUAAUAAUAAUAAUAAUAAUUUUUUUUUGUAAAACGUAAAAUCCAUAUUGCUCUAAACGCUAUUUAAAUAACAAUAAAAUAAGUUGUAUAAGAACAAAUGACUAGUAGGUGAAGAUAAGGAGUUCGUUAUGAUUGCACAACAUAGUAAUCUUGACUUAGAUUUCAUCUGCACAGACUAGUUGUAAUGAAUUGUAAACAGAUGAGUCUUUAGUUUCGAUUUAAAGAUACAGAGCCUAGCAGCAGUUCUGAUAUCCUAUGGUAGAGCAUUCCACAGUUUAGGGCCAGCCACACUAAAAGCUCGAGUUUGAAUCACAGAUGAGGUGGUAAAUGGCACUUGUAGUAGGCUCUAAUCACUGGACCGCAGAGUUCUGGAG